UCUGGAGUAACAGUGAAUGAUGAAGUCAUAAAGGUUUUUAAUGACAUGAAAGUAAGGAAAUCUUCAACCCCAGAAGAGAUUAAAAAAAGAAAGAAAGCUGUUCUCUUCUGCUUAAGUGAUGACAAAAAACAAAUAAUUGUAGAGGAGUCAAAGCAGAUAUUGGUUGGUGACAUUGGUGAUACUGUGGAGGACCCCUAUACAGCCUUUGUGAAGUUGCUACCUUUGAAUGAUUGCCGAUACGCUUUGUAUGAUGCCACAUACGAGACAAAGGAAUCUAAGAAAGAAGACCUGGUAUUUAUAUUCUGGGCUCCUGAAAGUGCACCUUUAAAAAGCAAGAUGAUCUACGCAAGCUCUAAAGAUGCCAUUAAAAAGAAAUUUACAGGUAUUAAACAUGAGUGGCAAGUAAAUGGUUUGGAUGAUAUUAAGGACCGUUCAACACUUGGAGAGAAAUUGGGAGGCAACGUGGUAGUUUCACUUGAAGGAAAACCCUUAUAAAAAGACAGACAAGUGCCAUCUGGAUCUAAGGAGCUUCCAUUUCUGCAGCUCGUUCAAUUGGAAUAGCAUUAGUCUCCCCAUCCCCUCCCCUCCUCAAAAAAUAAGUCCCUUUCCCACCACCCUGAAGGAGAUGUCAUUGUUAAGCAGUUCUACCAGUGAUUGCCAUUAGACUGUUUAAUCCUGGUAGUUUUAUGUAGGAUUCAAGGAAUGCUUUCACGUCAUACUCUUGGCCAAAACUGACGUUGCAGGCAUUCCUUGCAACAUGUUCAAUGAAUGUUAUAGUUAAUGUAAAUAGUCUAGCAGACAGCAAAGGGUAAGCUAAUUGAAUGCCUUGAAAGUAUUGUCCACUGGUCGGAUGGUAGACUCUCUACAGUAUUACUUACAGUUGCACUUGAUUGCAGUUCCAUGAGGCUCUUGUGCAUUCAUACACCUCACCUGCCUUGACAAGCCUAUUUUUGUGACAUGGCAGCACACAACACUAUGCAUUUAAAGCACUUUUUUGUAAUAUGUUUGACCCGCCCCCCCCAAGGAAUGCCAAUUAAGUUGCUGUAACUGUGUCAUCAAAUUAUUGUAGUACCUCAGUUUCAUUCCUGUUACAUGCAUAUCUUUAUAAAUGAAGUAGCUGUUACGAUGCCUUUCGUUUUCCAUUGAAUGUACACUACUGAACAGGAGUAGAAGUUAUCUGUUUACCAUAUGAGUCUUGAAACACUAAAGUUUUGUAAAACAUCAGUCAUGGUGGCAAUUUCUGUAUUAAAAGAGCCUUAAAUGGAACGUUGUUUUUUGAGAUCAAAAACGCCACGUUGCAAUAAAACUUGUGGCUUAUUACAGAACGUUGCCUUGUUUUCAUUGGAAAAUACAGUUUUUAAGUGUUUAAGCAUAUUUCAAAUAACUUCUGUGGAAAGUAUUGUAAAGGUAAACAAUCAUUAAUCUCAUCUUGAAUAAUACAAGUUUUUAAUACUGAUUUAGGCACUGCUUUACAAUACUUUGUGGCUCUGUUCUGGCCGUUCAAUAAAGGACCUGCUCCUGGUUUACUGCAAAGUAAAGAAGCUACCACUACUGGAGACCAUUAGUUCCGUGAAACACUUGUGUCAGAAACUUAAAAAUACGAAGUAAAUUAACCAUGCAGUGUGUUUUAUACCUGAAUGUUCUUAAAGUUCUACAUGCCAGAGUAAAACCUUGCACGAGUUCUUACAGUCUUUCUCGGUAAGAUGAUGUGUAAUGACAGUUACAUGCAGAAUAUGAAGCGGGGAAAUAAUUUUUGUUACUUGAGUGUUGCAGUUAGACCGACUCAGUACAAGAAUUAGCCUAAAUGAACUGUUCUGCUUGUUAGCUUCUAUGUAAAUAGAACUGGAAAGUGUUUGCCACUACUGAGGCUUGCAUAGGGGACGUGUUUUGGCUGGGAGCCAAAUAAUGCUCUCCUUAUAGAGAAUUUGAUCUGCUCUGUGUGAGCAAUCCUCCGCUAGCCAGAGCUAUUUAUGGCAAACACAUGCUUUUGUAUCUUGUCAUCGUUAUCCACAAAUGGCAAAACUGGACAUGAUUCUCCUGGUAUGCAUAAAGGAGCGCUGUUAGGCAGCCACUGGCAGCUGAACUGUACAUGCUGCUAGAAGGAAUGCUCUUUUAUCAUUACCUUAUUUUAAAAAGUUGGUGGAGUAGAACCAUGGAGCUUUUAAAUGCGGGCUCUCUAUGUUCAGUCCAUAGCCCUUUUUCAACAAGGAAGCAGAUAAUAAUCCAAAUACUUUCUCUUUUUUCCCCCCCUCCAAUAGUUUUAAGUAACCUAGUGGUACUGUGUUUAGGCUCUCUUGUCCUGUAGAACUUUAAGACUUCGUUUCAGGCUUCUGGCUAUCCCUAUGACUUGCACACCUCAUUGUGUUAGCUGUUCUAUGUAGACUAAACUUUACUAGAAUUUAAGUAAAAAGGCAUGAUGACCACUGACUUACAAAGUGUAUUAAUGAGUCUUGGUUUUGUUAUACAAAACUCUCCUUUCAGGUACCUUUUAAGAUUGCGAAGUAACUGACGGUAUGCAUGUUGUCUAGAUGAACAAAAAACAACCCACAACUUUUUAUUCCUCAAAAUAGUCUAUUUCUGAUCAUUCUUGUUGUAUGCAAAGCCCAGUUUAAUGUAAAGUUCUUUGUGCUUUAUGUUUAACUUGAGUUCAGUACAGUAAAAUGAAAUUACCUUUUAGUUGAUUUUUCACAAGGAAUAAAUUGUUUCUUUAGAAAAAGCCAAAAUGGAAAAUGUUAAAUUUUAAUAAACCAUUUGAAUUUUCAUUUUAGACAGUAAACUUUUUUUAAGGAGUACUGUGUUUAAAUUUAUUGUUUGUCUCUGCUGCAGUCCGGAAUAAUGUCCGUGGCUUCUUAGUUGAAUAUUACAGGUUCUUUUUUU